AACGAAGAAAUCAAUUUUUUUUUUUCUUUCCACUUUCCCAUCAUCCAAACAGAAAGCUUAGAGAGAAAAACGAGGAGAAAAUAUUUUCUUUCUUUCUUCGGUAUUCGACUGUCAGUCUCAUUUUGGGGGAAUACUUCGAUAAUAGGCUAUCUUGUUCCUGGUAAUCAAAGCUUUGUUCUAUCUCUCUGAGAAACCAGCUGUGGGUUUCUACACAAAGAUUUUAUAUGUGGCUAUUCAGUGUGUGUUCUCAUUCUCAAAGGCAUUCUCUAUUGAAGCGAUAGAAAGGUUGAUUUCUUUGUCAUAUUUCAAUUCAAGAAGAUAAGUGAUCUUCUUGCAACUUCUCUAGAGAGUGAAUGUUAAUUGAGGAUCAGAAGAAGAAAGACUGAUAAAUGCAGUCUACCGUUGAUCGCCAAUGACAUAAGGUCUUGUGCAUUCCUAUCUUGUAAACUCUUGAGUAGAAUUCCUUAUUCACUUCUGCUCAAUGGGUUGGAGAAGUGCUUUUUGUUUGUCAUUUUUCCUUCUCACCGUAGUUGAGUCAUCAAGCAAACCAGAGGGAAUAUGGUUGUCAAAACUGAGUGCAGAAACAACUUUAUCUUUCAGUUGGCCAGUCUUCAGUGCAGGCAUAUUUGUCUUCACUGCUCUUGUGCUCUCCAUGUACCUUUUAUUUGAGCAUUUAGCUUCUUAUAAUCAGCCAGAGGAGCAGAAGUUUUUGAUAGGACUCGUAUUGAUGGUUCCUGUUUAUGCAGUGGAAUCGUUUUUAUCAUUGGUGGACUCAGGUGCUGCAUUCAACUGUGAAAUAAUUCGUGACUGUUAUGAAGCCUUUGCAUUGUAUUGCUUUGAGAGAUAUCUGAUAGCCUGUUUAGGUGGGGAGGAACGUACAAUUGAAUUCAUGGAAAGCCAGACAACAAUCACUUCCAAGACUCCCCUAUUAGAAGAUUCAUAUGCUUAUGGGGUUGUUGAGCAUCCUUUUCCAUUGAACUGCUUUCUGAGUCAUUGGAAUCUUGGUUCUGAAUUCUAUCAUGCUGUAAAGAUUGGCAUUGUUCAAUAUAUGAUACUGAAGAUGAUAUGUGCACUACUUGCUAUGAUUCUGGAGUCCUUUGGAGUUUAUGGAGAAGGGAUGUUUGAAUGGAGAUACGGGUACCCAUACUUGGCUGUUGUUCUCAAUUUUAGUCAGAGCUGGGCAUUAUAUUGUUUGGUUCAGUUCUAUUCUGUCACUAAAGAAAAGUUGGAGCCAAUCAAACCAUUGGCUAAAUUUCUGACAUUCAAGUCAAUUGUUUUCUUGACCUGGUGGCAAGGUGUAGCUGUUGCAUUUCUCUUUUCCAUGGGAGUUUUUAAGGGGUCUUUGGCACAGGAGUUAAAGACACGUAUACAAGACUACAUCAUAUGUAUUGAGAUGGGUGUUGCUGCCAUUGUGCAUCUUUAUGUCUUCCCUGCAGUACCUUACAAGCGUGGAGAAAGAUGUGUCCGUAAUGUGUCUGUAAUGACUGACUAUGCAUCUUUAGGGGCACCACCAGAUCCAGAAGAGGUUCGGGACUGUGAGCGAUCUACUAGAAUACGCACAGGUCGACAUGAUGAGAGUGAAAAGCGUCUAAAUUUUCCUCAAAGUGUUCAUGAUGUUGUCUUUGGAAGUGGUGAAAUAAUUGUUGAUGAUAUGAAGUAUACAGUUUCGCAUGUUGUCGAACCAGUUGAAAGGGGAAUCGCAAAAAUAAAUGAAACUUUCCAUCAGAUAUCUGAAAACGUGAAACGCCAUCAGGAGCAGAUGAAGAGAUCCAAAGAUGACACUUAUCUUAUUCCCUUAAACUCGUUGAAUAGGGAAUUAUCAGAUGCUCAUGAUGAUAUUCUUGAAGGUAGUGCUAGUGACAGUGAUUUGCACAAUGUAAAGAGACCGCAACUCCAAUCCAAAAAUGCAGUAUCCAAGAGUACGAUGGGCAGAUAACAUCUGUAGCUAUUUACAUAACAGCUACUAGAGUAAUUAAAGGCAUAUCAACAUGAUCAUUUAGCAAUGCUAAUCUACUAGGUAAGUGCAUGCCAACGUGAAUGUUCUCAACACAUUUUCAUUUUUCUCUCCCACAUGCAGAGUUGCAGAGCUUUAGAGUUUUGAUGAUAACAUGGUUCUGGGUGAAGUGUUUGUGCAGGAGACCUUGCUGCUCUCCAACUAAAGAAUGUUUGGAGAAAAUUGUGAUGAAACCACAAAUAAUCUGAUCGGAUUUCAGCUGCAGCCUCUGGUAAAUGUACAAAAAAUUUAGUUUCUCACAGAAGGCGCGAAAUAUGAUUGUAUUCUCAUUGUAAAACUGAAGCUAGUUUGAUGACAUUUGGAAAGUGGCACGAUAUAUAUAUAUCCUUUUUGGUAUCACUUCGUUUGCUGAAUGAUUUGUC